AUGGUAUGUGUUAAGGAGGCACAAGCAUCUAUAAUUAGCCAUGGAGAUUUCCGAAAGUCCGUUACAGGAGAACCCUUGCCAGAACCCAGGGAUCUCUCAUUGGAAAUAUUCAAGGACCAUCACAGACCCACUGUUAAUGUGACUUUCCAAUUCGCUACUUUUGCAGAAUUCUUAGCUAUUGAUAUUCUUCUUUCUGUUAGCCCAUCUACUGACUGCUGUUCAGAAAAAAAUGCGAAUAAACCGGAAUGCAAGCCAAUUUCAGUACGGCCUGAUGAUCCUUUUUAUUCGGAGUUCAAUAAGACCUGUAUAGACUUUCAGAGAACUGAACAGUGUGCAUGCAACACUCAACAAAGAGCUCAGAAGAAUGGUGUUACUUCUGCAAUUGAUAUUUCUCAAGUGUAUAGCCCGAGUGAAAAGAGGUCAAAGGAACUAAGAACACUGGAUGGAACAGGGCAACUAAAGCAUAACGAUUCAAGCGUUGGCUGUCUUUUGCCUUCUGGAAAAGGCCCCAAUGAUCUUUUCUGUCCAAAAGGAGAAGAACCACAGUGCUUCAUGUCAGGUGAUCCACGUACAAACCAUCAUACUAUUGCGACAAGUUUGCUGACUAUCUAUAUGAGAGAACAUAACAGGAUAGCAAAGGUCUUGAAGCAGAUGAACCCUCACUGGGGAGAAGAAAAGUUAUUUCAGGAAGCCAGAAAGAUUACUAUAGCAGAGCAUCAGUGCAUAGUCUUCAAGGACUUUCUGCCACUUCUUUUGAGCCCUCGCAUUGUGGAAGAAUUUAAUUUGACUGUGCCAGACGGUGCCAAAGGUAUUCGUUACAAUCCGAAUAUCAUACUUGGUAUGUGGAACGAAUUCGCAGCUGGAUCAUACAGACUUCACAGUUUGGUACCAACAAAAAUCGGAUCACUGAACCUUCGGUUCAAAGAUACGUAUUCGAAUCCUUUUCUUAUUCGUGAAGGACACUUAUCUCAAAUAAUCAAAGGGGCGCAUCAAGUACCGUCUGAGCAAUACGACCGCUACAUGGUCACAGAUGUUACAGAUUUCUUGUACGAGCAGCCUGGAGUGCAUUAUGGACAAGAUUUAGCCUCAAUCAACAUUCAAAGAGGAAGAGAUCAUGGAUUGCCACCGUAUAUACAAAUCGUGAAAUUUUGCUCGGAAGGAGCAAUCAUCAUUUCAUCUUUUGACGAUCUCUAUAAACUUGGAUUGAUGUCAAAGGAUAAUGCUGAUCUGCUGAAGACAACUUAUUUGGCAGUAGAAGACAUCGACAUGUGGGUUGGGAUUCAACUGGAGUACCACAUGCCGGGAGCCAUUACGGGACCGUCAGCUGUCUGCAUCAAUGCUAAGCAGUUCUAUUUCAACCAGAAAGGGGAUCGAUUUUACUUUGACAUCGAAGGCCCAGGGGCUCCCUUUACAGAUGAUCAAAGAAGUGCUUUGAAGCAGUGCUCUUUUGCUAGAAUCUUAUGUGACGACACUGAUAUGAGUGAAGUCACAAAGAAUCCGUUUCUUCUUCCAAGCAAAGAGAAUUCAGCUGUAUCCUGUGAUGAAAUUCCCAAGAUUGACCUCACGUUAUGGAAGGAAAAUGAAAACUCUAUUACUACAUAA